GAUUUCAAGAAAGAGCUUGAGAUAAUAAAAAGUCACAUUCCAACUGGCAAGAUAGUAAAGUAUUCCUGUCACAAAGAAUACACCGCUGAUCAAAAACCACAUGUGAAAUGCAAAUGGUGGUAUGAUUAUCAAGAAACUGCUAAAGUUUGUGGUCACCCACCGGCAAUCCUAUUCGGAGAGACUGUGGGGGAGCUGAAAAAUACCUAUCAGCCUGGUGAAACUAUAGAAUAUAAAUGCCCGAAUGACUGUGUUCUUAAAGGAAACAAGGUUAUUAAGUGUGUGGAAAAUGUUUAGGAAGAAGCACCCAGUUGUCUAGGACCGUGUACUACAGAUGAAAAGGAUAUGGACGAAAAUAAUGUAGAGCUAAAGUGGAAGAAGGAUAAAGAAAUUAAGAGUGCAUUUGGUGAAACCGUAGAAUUUUCUUGUAAAAUUGGAUACGCCGUUCCUCCUGGCACCCAGAUGAGAGUUGUUUGUGACAAUAACAAGCUGAACAUUCCUAAAUGCCUCGAAGCAAAGCCAUGUUCUACAAGUGAACAAGACAUGAAGGAAAAUAAUAUAAAGUUAAGGUGGAAAAACGAUAAAACGAUUAACAGUGAACAUGGCCAAACCACAGAAUUUAUGUGUCAAACUGGAUAUAAAGCUCCUCCUAACACUAACAUGAGAAUUGUUUGUAAUCAAGGAAACAUGGAUUACCCAAAAUGUGUCAAAGGAAAGUAAACCUCAAUGAGAGCUUUGUGGCCCCUGUGAGACAUCGAAAGACAUGGAAAAGAUGAUGAUUACAAACAAAUGUUAUUCACAUAUCAUUCAAAAUAGAUUCUGUAAUGAUAGGAAAAAAUCAAUUUUGCUUUUGCCAAUCAUAGAUUGCAAAUGUAUUAUAUUCUCUGGUAUAUUGAUUAUAUAGAAUUUAGAACAUAAACCUUACUAGAUGUUUUUAGUGAAUUUAGUUGUUUUGUCUUAGGCUAAGUUUCCAUUUGGUUUUUUCUCUGGCAGUUUUUGGAUAUCUGUCACUGCAGUUUUUGAGCCAAAGCCAGAAGUGUAUUCAAAAGAAAUAGGACAUAUAAAGGAAGGACUUGCACUUCUCCUCCCUUAUGGAUCCACUUCUGACUUUGGCUCAAAAACUGCCAGAAAAAAUAACAAGUGGAAACUUAGCCUUAUGCUGUAAAAGGGAACUGGUGAAUGUUUAGGUUGGUUCCAUGAUGAUGUUUUAGAGAUAGAUUUAUGGGUUCAGAUAAUUGUUGCAAAACUGAUUAUUUAUGCAAAUUUGUGAAUGUGUUAAAUAAAUUAUAAGUAAACUUCAAAAUGCAGACAGACCAAAAUUGGACUCAAAGUGGUACU